AUGGUAAUCAAACAGAUAAAAAAAAUUCCACUCGUCCUUGAUGUUGGAUGUGGUAACGGUCAAGCCCCAAUUGGACUUAGCGUAUACUGUGAUCGAGUGAUUGGUGUUGAUGUUAGUGUUAAUCAAAUAGCACAUGCUAUGCAAAAAGAUAAUAUCGAAUAUCGAUGUAAUAAAGCAGAAGACUUAACAUUUCUGGAAUCAAACUCAGUUGAUAUAAUCACUGUUGCUACAUCAUUACAUUGGCUUAAUCUUGAAGUAUUUGUUGAAGAAGUUAAACGUGUAUUGAAACCUAAUAUCAGUGUUUUUGCUAUAUGGACAUAUGGAUUUGUUAGACGAUGGUUAACUGAUAGGUAUUAUCAAUCACUUUUACUAUUAUUACUCUACAAAUCAACUCUUGUUGAAUAUACAAUUGAACAAACAAUAAAAACAUCAAUAGGACAAUAUAUUGAUUUAAUUGAAACUUAUUCUGCAUGUCAAAUGUAUAGAAAACAAAAAUUUGAACAAGCAUAA